AGGAAGGUGAAAUAUAGAAUUGCUGAAUAAUCGUUCAUUUAGACCUAUUUUGCCCAAUUUUGAAGAGGAAAGAGUGGACAAUGCUGCAAUAUGUGACAAUAUUGGCCUUAUUGCAACCAUCAUUGAAUUGGAGAACUUAAUUUGGUGUUAACAAGGGAAAUAAACAAACUAAACUGCACACUGACAAUGCCACUGAUGUUUUUGCUUUAUAUUUAGUCCAAUGCAGUUCCUACAACUUCAUGCCGGGACUUCAUGAUUAGCUGAGCAUGCGCGAAUCUCGAGUCCCUCAUUGGUUGAACCUGUCUUGGAUAACGAAAUCCUUCCGCGAACAUGAAGUUGCUGAGAACGCCAUGGAGAUGUUACGAUCUCAAAUCUGUGAUAAAAAUCGAAGUUUGUAAUACAAGCCUUCAUAGACGUUAACAGUUCUUGGCAUAAGACGAUCUGUUGAAUGGACAGGAAAUAGUGGAAGCUGGUCAUUUCAAACAUUUGUUAGAAUAGAAGAGUUCAACAUAUUGUCAAGAAAGACCAUGGCAAAGGCAAUCUUGAUCAGCCUUCUGCUGGCUGUAACUGUCGGAAAUUCUCUAGCAGGCAAUGAUGCUAACAUUAAUUGGUACUACUCGUCAAUGUGGCCUUUAAGUACAACUGACGACAUGACGACAAUACCACCCACGAGUCCCCCUUCCCCAACCAUCGGGAUCAGCACCACAAGACACAUUCCACCCGCAGGUACAACUAUUGCACCAGGAGCUUCUGUCACCUGUGGCAGUAUGAGCAUGACCGCCAUUCUCGAUAGAACCCUCUUGGAGAACAACGGGGACGCUGUCGAUGUCCACUUCGAAGAUCAGAGUUGCACCGGCUACGACUACAGUGGCUCACAAAUCGCUGUCACGACCAGAUAUGAUGAGUGCGAUACACAGAGCGAGCAAACUGAUACUGUCAUCAAAUAUUCCAAUGUCGUGACGUACUUCAAACCGACCGGUGAAAACGGUUCGCUGAUCACCCGAGACUUCCGGUUGAAGAUCCCGGUCAUCUGCGAGAUCAACCGUCACAGUCUGCUUGGCAGUAACUUCAAGCCCAAGCUUGGCAUCGUGAGUUUCACCGAGGUGGGUUACGGUAACUUCUCGCUCAAUCUCGGUCGCUACGCCGAUGAGCAUUUCACCGCGCCUCCACCCGACCUCGACGCGCAGGUGUAUCUGGGAGAACCGCUGUACUUUGGAGUAAAACUGAAUGCCUCUACCGAGCUGACUCUGUUGAUCGAUCGCUGCUGGGCAACGCCUGAUGUCUUCCCGAUGAACCCAACCAAAUAUAUCUUCAUUAGAGACGGAUGUGGACUUGAUGCUACCGUUGCAUUUUACGAAGAAGAAGCCUCGUUAAAAGGAUUCUCUAUCGACGCCUUUGCUUUCAUUGGUGAAUACCCCGAGGUCUACCUUCACUGUGACAUCCUUGUUUGCGAAGACAAUGACCCCUCGUCCCGAUGCUCACAGGGAUGUGUGUCCAGGGCAAGACGUGCAGCCGGCGAGUCUCGGGGUUCGAGCUCCCAACCACACACCAUUUCCAACGGUCCAACGUCUAGUCAACAUGCCGGGUCCAUUGACACAUCAUGGUUGGCUAAUCCAGUCAAUAUGAUGCUGGUGGCGGCCGCUGGAUUCUUCAUUACCAUGGUUGCCAUGGUAACCGUGAGAAAGUUGAGAUCACGCGGCAAACCAUCCAAAGGAUACAGCCGUCUGGAGACAGAAGGCGAAAACGAAGCUUAAGAAAUGGGAAGAAAUUUAGAAGAAAAAUCAUGCAGACGAUGAAAGGAAAAGAUCUUCAGCAAUAUAGCAAGAAUGAUGAAAUGCCAGAUAUUUCUGCCACGCAGCUCUCCUGUUUUAACAUGCUUUAAUAUCGUUCAGCUUUCAUGCAAUUUAUUUUAAUAAGGGCAAAUUGUGAAUUAAUUUGUAUUUGCAGUAUCAACCAGACGUUACACGUGCUUCUUUCCUUUUUAUGACUACUUCUUUUUAUAUUUGAUUUGUUUCUCUUCUUCACUACCCUUAUGCUAUUUUUCGAGGUUAUCAGUCGUUCGUACUGUCUGCAAAAUGCCGCAUUUUGCACAGUUAGAUUACGGUGAAACCGUUAUUUCCCUCCCAAUUUUGUACGCGAAAUAACGUAAAAUUUAAGGAAGACCCAAUUGGACAGUGAAAAUACCGUAAAACCCCCGAAACCUUAAAAGUUACGGCCUGUGAAAAGUAGCGGAUCAUGUUGCCUGAAAUUCAACCUAUUUGUUUUAAUGGUGAAUUCCUGGCAACUUUGCAAAGAAACUUUUAUGGUUUACCGUGAUAAGAAAUAGGGCCUUUUCCGUAAUUUUACCAUGUAAUAUGGUCUUUUGUACAUUUUACGAUGUUUUCAUUACAAAAUUGGGCUAGAAAAAGUUUUUCCUUAAAACACGGGAUUUUUUUACAGUGCAGAUUGUUUAUGGUUACAGUUGUAGAAUGUAUUCUCUCUUCCCCUGAUGCCAGCCAACCACGGAUGUCUUAAUGGGGGUGGGGGGGCGACUUUAGAUGACGAUUUUUUUUUUUUAAGUUGCAUAAUCCAUACCUAUAAUUUUUAAAAGCUCUAGUUCUUUUUUCGUCCUCUUUCGCCCUUUUUUUUCUCUAUCGCCCCCCCCCCCUUUAACACUUCUUCAAAUAUUAUAUGGAAAGACCGCCCCCACUCCGUGUACCACCACCCCUGUCACCCAACUGAUGCGCUCCUUUGACUGUUACAAAACUGCAUUGUAUAAUGGCUGAAUGAAAAAAAUGAAACAAUUAUGAUAUCAUUUAAUAACAGUGGGGAUGUGACAUCAGUCCACCUAAUGAAUACUCAUGAAGACGUGCAUAUAACCGUUUUCGCAAUAUAUUGCUACACUUUAAAAUUCAAUAACUUUUUUGUUAUUUGUUAUCACAUUUUGAUGAAAUUUUCAACAUUUCGCUCUGUGAAUUUUUCUCUCUUUAGAUAAAAAUAUUUUCAGCCCGGAGCAUCCCUUUAAGAAUAUUAUAUAAUCCCGGUUGAUAAUUACUCCGGAUAUAAAGUUACUAGACAACUUGGGUGUCCCCACUUAGACAAAUUGAACAAACAAAAAAAAAUAUUUCUGCAUGUAAUUUUGGAUUGAUCUUUUCAAAUUCUUUUGAAAUAGAAGUGUGCACUGUUGAUAUUUCUUUAAGAUAUUUUUAGUUUUGCUUCGUUUUGUAGAAUAGGCCUAUAUUACAAGCACUAUAAUCAUUUUAUUGUGUGUGACUGCAAUGUUGAAAUUGUAUUUUGUAAAAAUAAAAAGAAAGAAACACAAUUACGAUGUGAUAUUAAAUUUUAAAGAAAAAGAGUA